GGCGUGCUUGAACAAUUUUUCGUGAAAAUUGCAGGCAUUUAACAAAUAUACACUCGCUUUCAGUUUCAGUUUCAGAUUUAUUCAUCAAACUGAGCCAAGAAUUGCAUCUGACACGUGAUUCUGAAAUUCUCAUUUCUUUUAUUUAUACUUUAGAUACUUGGAUUUCCUUCGUCUUCUGCAGAUAAAAGUCGCGAAUUCCAAUUUUCACCGAGACUCCAACAGCCAGCGUAUACUUACCCCUUCAAGUUUCCCCAGCCAAACUGCUGAUCCGUCAGAAUAUCUCACAAAUAACUUUCUGAAGUGUUGAAAAAUGGCGUGCAGCUCAUCAGGAGAUUUCACACGGAAAGACAUCACUGACAACUUUACUUGCUCUAUUUGCUGUGAUGUGUUUUGGGACCCCAGAAUACUACCUUGUGGUCAUAUGUAUUGCGGUCAUCCUCGUCUGUGUUUGUAUAGUCUACAGAAUACUAACGCUAAUGGGGCAGUAUUACUGAAAUGUGCAAUUUGCAACGCGGAACACGCAGUGAACAUAGUGGACCUAAAGCCCAUGUUCGAAAUAAGAGAUGGCUUGAAACUUUUGUCACCGAGCCAGCAAGACGAGGAGGCUUUGUGGCAAAGUCCGCAAAACUCGGUCAAAAUUACGUUGCCUUUCUGCCGCAUGCACACAAAAUGGGAGCAGGAAUUUUGGUGUGUCACAUGUCGAGAACCUUCGUGUACACAAUGCGUUAGUCUGUAUCAUAAAGAUCACAAUUUGAAGAUAUUGAAAAACGUUAUUGAUAAUAUUUGUUCGUCAGCAAUUCAGAGGGUUGAAAAACUUCAAAAUAAAGUAGAAAUCCAAGCUCUGACCAAAAAUAUUGCGCAGCUUAAAUCAGAAGUUGCUUAUCACAAAUAUAUGAUGAAGUUGUACCAGAAAAAACUCGACGAGGUGGAAAAACUGGUCAUUGAGCCAAAAGUUCUCUCAGCCGACAAAGAAUGGGUGAAAAACGUCAAGGCUGGGACUCUUCAAAAUGUUAAGUCCGGGACAUUUUCAUCAGCUUUUCGGUUGAUGAAACGAGAAGAUAGUAAAUUGCUGAUUUCAGAGGCGGGUUUCAGAUUUUCUGCCCAAAUUCCAAUUUCUAAUCAAUUUCCACAUUUUUUGAACGAUAGCCAACAGUUAAUGGAAUUGGGCGGAUUCAGGUUUUCGGUGUCGGCUUCGAUUGCUGAAAAGACGGAAGAAAACGAGCUAAAAACCUGGAAGGCUGAUGAAACACUUUGCUGGAAAAUUGGCACACGAAAUGAAGAGCAUUUGCAUAAUUUAGUGGUCAAAUAUAAACUUCUAAACUGGAAUGACAGAAACAAAUCGAAAGAGAUGAAAUGUGAAAUAAAACAAGAUAGCGUGAAAUAUUGCAGUAAGAUGGGCGCGUAUGCUGUUUGUUCAGAUGAUUUCAUGAGUUUGCAAGAAACUUUCUUUUACAAAAGCGGUUGGAUCAGAAAUGAUAAACUUCAUUUGGAAGUGUAUAUCAUCAAUCAAUGAAAAUUACUACGCGUAAACUUGAAGAUAAUUUUUAUGUUUUUCAUAAUUUUAUGAUGACCUUUCAAUAAUGUAGUUUUUGUAUCUCAACGUCAGAUCUGUGUUAGAAGUAAGUUUAGUUGUCUUGAAUAAAAAUGUAAAUAGA